AUCUCUCUCCCUCCCCGUCUCUCUCUCUCUCUUUUUCUUUCUCUUUUUUUCGGUUUUGUUUUUCCCACCUCCUUGGGAUAAUAAAGAGCCGAGCUUCGAUCGAAUUUGGGGGUAAUCGGCAAUGGCGGAAGGCGGUGGCGAGGGGCAAUCGAGAGAGCUCGACGAGACGCCCACAUGGGCGGUGGCUUCCGUCUGCGCCGUUAUCAUCUUGAUCUCCAUUCUGUUGGAGAAGGGCCUGCACCACCUCGGACAGUGGUUUACAGAGAGGCGCAAGAAGGCUAUGUUUGAAGCUCUUGAGAAGAUUAAGGAUGAGUUGAUGAUUCUUGGAUUCAUAUCCUUAUUGCUGACAUUUGGUCAGAACUACAUUAUCCAAAUCUGCAUACCUGAGGAAGCUGCAGAUACCAUGUUGCCAUGUCUCAAGGAGGGAAAAGAGGAAACCAUUGAGGGUGAAGGCCAUCGUAGGAGACUUUUAUGGAGCUCACUUGAGGGAUUUGGUUCAAAGCAUCGAAUGUUAGUGGAAGCUUCAUCAUCGCCUCACUGUCCUGAAGGAAAGGUACCACUUAUUUCGCUGCAUGGUCUCCAUCAGUUGCACAUUUUCAUAUUUUUCCUGGCUAUCUUUCAUGUGACGAUUAGUGGUCUUACGAUGGCUUUGGGAAGAGAAAAGAUUAGCAGUUGGAAGGAGUGGGAAAUAGAGACCUCCUCUCCAGAUUAUGAAUUCUCAAAUGAUCCCUCAAGGUUUAGAUUUUCACAUGAGACAUCUUUUGUGAGACAGCAUACAAGUUUCUGGAAUAGAAUCCCAGUCUCAUUUUACAUUGUUAGCUUUUUUCGUCAAUUUUUCAUUUCUGUUCGAAAGGCUGAUUACUUGGCCAUGCGUCAGGGUUUCAUCACUGUUCAUCUAGCUCCUGGUAGUAAAUUUGACUUCCAAAAAUACAUUAAAAGGUCACUGGAGGAUGACUUCAAGGUUGUUGUGGGAAUCAGUCCUCUGUUAUGGGCUUCUGCAGUGCUCUUCUUGCUUCUUAAUGUGAAAGGAUGGCUUACAUUAUUCUGGAUAUCUGUCAUUCCUCUUAUUACAAUCUUGUCUGUUGGGACUAAGUUGCAGGCUAUCAUCACUCGAAUGGCUCUUGAAAUCAAAGAAAGACAUGCAGUUAUCCAGGGAAUGCCUCUUGUACAGCUCAGUGAUCACCAUUUUUGGUUUGGUCGUCCCCAAUUCAUUUUGUUUCUCAUUCAUUUUACAUUAUUUCAGAAUGCUUUCCAAAUAAUAUAUUUUCUAUGGAUAUGGUACGAAUUUGGAUUGGACUCUUGCUUCCAAGACAACAGGACACUCAUGAUUGCUAGAAUCUGUCUUGGAGUCGUAGUCCAAAUUUUGUGUAGCUACAUUACGCUUCCUCUUUAUGCACUUGUAUCUCAGAUGGGAUCACACAUGAAGAGGUCCAUCUUCGACGACCACACAUCCAAGGCUAUCAUGAAAUGGCACCAAGCCGUGAAGAAAAAGAACCCAACCACCAGUCCCAAAGGAAGUCCCAAAGGAAGCCCCAAAGGAAGCCCCAAAGCAGCCACUGUUGUCCCUGCUGACAGCGAAACAUCUGCCGGCGAUAUAAUGCUAACGCCUCCUCAGAGAGAUCAAGAUGCCCAAGGUACCAAUGCCGGAGUGCAAUGGUCGGCAGCCACCGCCACCCCAACCUCAACUGUAGCUUCUGCCGACCUGCUCACUGGAUCAACUGAACAGCAGCUGCAUGCAGUAGAACACGAGAAAGAAGAUGAUUACUCGUUCAUUAAUCUAUCAGAUACAUGAUUGUGAUCAUAAUAUAGUGCUGUUACAGGUUGGUUUUUGUUCUUUUUAUUCUUUUUUUGUGAGAUAUGACAAAUGUACAUUACGUACAGAACAAAAUGACCAGAAAGCUGUUGUUGUAAUUGUGAUGUUUCACAUUUUUUAACCUAUUUUAGGUGA